UACUCUGCCCACGUUCGCACUUGUGGACGUCAUCAGUACUUUUAUGCUAUAUUGACAGCGACAUCGUGAAUUGUGUAGAAUGUUUCGUUAAAGUCAAAAAGCUUGUUAUAUUCUUACGCUAAUAAAUAUUUAAACAUGGUACACGCACGUAUUAUCUAUAACAUCGUGCUACUUUUUUUCUUAAUUAUUGGAAUUAUUAAUGGCUUUGUGAUAAAUUCCGACAACAAAUUAGAUGAGGAUUUUGUCAUCCCACAUUACACAAAUUAUGAAGAGCUUCAACAGUUGUUUAAUUCAUUGGUUCUAAAAUAUCCAAAUUUGGCAAGAGUGUUUUCCAUAGGAAAAUCCGUGGAAGGCAGAGAUUUGUUAGUUAUUGAAAUUUCUGAAAAUGUUAAGGAACGAAAACUGUGUGAACCGAUGGUGAAAUAUGUUGCUAAUAUGCAUGGUGAUGAAGCUGUUGGUAGAGAAUUAUUAGUAUAUCUUGCUCAAUAUCUUUUGAAAAAUUAUGGAAAAGAUGAAAGAAUUACAAAAUUAGUGAAUAAUACUGAUAUCUACCUUAUGCCAUCAAUGAAUCCUGAUGGCUUUGAAAAAUCAGUGGAAGGAAAAUGUGAAUCGAGAAAAGAUUUUUCUGGUCGUGAAAAUGCAAAUCAUGUUGAUUUAAAUAGAAAUUUUCCAGAUCAGUUUAAUAGAAGAACUAAUUAUCUCCAACAAGGUGGCACUAUAUUAGAUGGACGUCAGAAUGAAACAGUAGCCAUGAUGACUUGGAUUGCUACAGAACCAUUUGUAUUAUCAGGAAAUCUUCAUGGAGGUGCUGUUGUAGCAAGUUAUCCUUAUGAUUCUGGCAUUCAAGGGUCUUGUUGUAUUGAAAGUAAAAGUCCAGAUGAUGAGUUAUUCAAAUAUUUAGCACACACAUAUGCAGAUAAUCAUCCAGAAAUGCGUACAGGUACCGCAUGCAGUUCUGAUGUUUUUCAGGGUGGUGUUACCAAUGGUGCAUAUUGGUAUGAAGUUGUUGGAGGAAUGCAAGACUUCAAUUAUGCUCGCUCCAAUGCACUUGAGAUAACAUUUGAACUUAGUUGUUGUAAAUAUCCGCUUGCCUUAGAAAUGCCACAAUAUUGGAGAUUAAAUAAGGAAUCUCUUAUAAAAUAUCUCGAACAAGCCCAUAUUGGAGUAACAGGUCUUGUAAGAGAUAUAAAUGGGCAACCAAUAGAAGGAGCAACUAUUAUUGUGCAUGGAAUAAAUCAUAAUGUAUCCACUACACAUCAUGGAGAAUAUUGGCGUUUGUUACUGCCUGGAACAUAUAACAUUCAUGCAGAAGCAUGGGCAUAUCAUCCAAGUGAACAAAUAAAUAUCACAGUAAAAUCGGAUGAACCAACUAUUGUCAAUUUCACUUUAACACAGGAUACUUAUGAUGAUCAAGGAAAAUUGAAGUCAGAUAAAGUUGAGGAAUUUAUUAGACCUACUGACAAAUAUGGUUUUUUCCAUAAUACGGAAUUCAAACAUCAUAAUUACAUAGCAAUGGAAAAAUUCUUGAAAGAAUUAAAUUUAAAUUACCCAAAUAUCACAAGGCUUUAUAGUAUAGGAGAGUCUGUUAAAGGACGUCAGUUAUAUGUUAUGGAAAUAACAGAAAAUCCUGGUAAACAUAGCCAAAAUAAACCUGAAGUAAAAUAUAUAGGAAACAUGCAUGGGAAUGAAGUUGUUGGCAGAGAAAUUUUACUAAUGCUGUUGAAGUUCCUUUGUGAAAAUUUUGGAAGUGACAAAAGAGUUACAAAAAUAUUAAAGAAUGUCAGACUGCAUGUAAUGCCAAGCAUGAAUCCAGAUGGUUAUGAAAUUUCUAGAGAAGAAAAUAUAUAUGAAGGAAGAACAAACGCUAAAAAUGUUGAUCUCAACAGAAAUUUUCCUGAUCAAUAUGAAACAAAUAAUUAUAAUAAAAAACCAGAACCUGAGACAAAAGCAGUAAUGAAUUGGAUUGCAAGUAUUCCAUUUGUACUUUCUGCUAAUUUUCAUGGAGGAGCAUUAGUGGCAAAUUAUCCAUAUGAUAAUAAACCAGAAUACAUGUAUGAUAAUGAAAAUCUAAGUCCAGAUGAUAAAGUUUUCAAAGCUUUAGCAUUAGCAUAUUCAAAUGCUCAUCCUAGUAUGCAUCUUGGAGAACCAUGUCCUUCAUUUUUAAAUGGACGAUCAAACACAGUACAAAAUGUAUUAGAGAAAAGCUUUCCAAAUGGUAUAACCAAUGGGGCUGCUUGGUAUUCUGUUAAUGGAGGCAUGCAAGAUUAUAAUUACAUUCAUAGCAAUGAUUUUGAAAUUACGAUAGAAGUAGGAUGUACAAAAUUUCCAAAUGCAACUGAAUUACCAGAGUAUUGGUUACAAAAUAGAGAACCUCUCCUACGUUUAAUUGAAAUGUCUCAUAAAGGAAUACAUGGAGUAAUACGUUCAUCAAUUGGAAAUCCUAUACCUCAUGCUAAAAUAUCUAUAGAAGGAAUUAAACAUGAUAUCUAUGCAGCCAAUGAUGGAGAUUAUUGGCGUCUUUUAGUCCCAGGCAAAUACAAUGUUACAGUCAGUGCAGUAGGGUAUGAAUCUCAAACGCAAAUUGCAGUGGUAUCAGAUGAUGUUAAUAUUGGAGAAGGAAUAGUAUUGGAUUUCUCAUUAAUGCGAGAUGAUCCUCAACACUGGUCAUCUGCUUAUGAUUUUCGGUUAACGACAAACUUAGACAAUAUUUAUUUAACAAAUGUCGAGUUAAGUGGUAAAUUUAAUCAAUUAGAAAAUGAUCAACCAAACAUUGCAGAAUUUCAAGCUCAAGGGGAGUCAUUAAUCAGUGUAGAUAUUCAUUCUUUAAAAGUUACACAUAAUAUGGGUGCACCAGAAGAAAAUAAAUAUCAUAUUGGUUUAAUUGGAGGUCUAUUUGCGUCUCAACCAAUUGGUAGAGAAAUGCUGUUACGAUUAGCAACUCAUAUAUUGAAAGGAAAUCAAAUUGGAGAUCCCCCUAUAGGAAGAAUAUUGAAAAACUCUGUAUUACAUUUUGUACCCUACAUAGAUCCAGGUUUUGAUAAUAUAGUACCAAAUGCUCAAGAGUGUAAUCCUAUUGUAAAUGAUGAAAUAGGCAAAAGGCUAUUGCUACAAAAUAAUAAUGCUACAUCAGAUAAAUUAAAUAUGAUUACUAAUGCAUUUAAAACAAUGUUAUCUAAUGAAGAAUAUGAUGUAAUAAUAAUAUUAGGAAGUGGAGCACUUGAAGUCAGUUAUACAGAUGAUAGCUUGAAUGUAUAUAAAACUCUGGCCAAAAAUUAUGAACAUUCAAUACAGAAAGAAACUUGCAGUUUUAUUAACAAUGAUGUUAAAAAAGUACAAAAUUAUAUUCAAAAUCAGUAUAAAAUACCAACAAUAAGUAUCAACAUGGCUUGUUGUAAAUAUCCACUUCCAGGAUCUAUUCCAACUAUUUGGCGUGAAAAUUUAUUGCCCUUGAAGCAACUUAUUCAGGGUCUGACAACUGGUGUUCGAGCAGUGGUAACAGAUACUAACCAUGCUCCCUUAAGAGAAACUGUAGUUAAGAUUGGAACCAAUAGUUACCAUGUUUCUAAAAACAUGGCUUACUUUAAAAUUAUUCUUCUUCCUGGUGAAUAUUCGUUAACAUUUGUUUGUGAAGGUUACAUAGAACAGUCUAUUAAAGUUCAUGUAGAUGAUACAAAUAUAACUGAUCUUCACAUUAAAUUGACGAAACGUCAUGUAGAAAAAGCAGAACACCAAAAAUACGAUAACGAUCAAGAGACAAAUGUUGUAAAUCAAGUUUUGAUUGAUCUGAACAAUAAAUAUUCGCAAUUAUCAACUUUACAUAUUAUUGGUAAAUCACAAACGGGCACUCGAAUAAUAUGUUUAGAAAUUGGAACUGAAAGUAAUUACAAACGCAUUGGUCGACCAUCUAUAGCCUUUGUGGCUGGUAUUUCAAGUGGUGCACCUGUAACAUCUAAAAUUUUACUUCAUUUUGCAACCUAUUUACUAGAUCGUUAUCGGAAAGAAUCUAGAAUUACAAAUUAUUUAGAUAAAUUUACGAUAUACAUUGCACCGGAUUUAUCUCAAAAUUCUAAUGAUAAUCAAACUUGUGAUUCAUUCAUUGUGGACAAUUUACAAUUUCCUAUCAGUGAUAGACUAAGUACUGAGGCAAGUACACUAAUUAAUUGGUUCAAAAACAUUAAUGCUGUAUUAGCAAUAAAUUUGAAUAUUGGUUCGCAACAUAUUGAAAUUCCAUUUGCGGGAAAGUAUGGAAAAAUAUUUGAACAGAUAUAUAACACCGAUGAUAAUGAUGUAUUACAAGAUUUAGCAUCAUUAUAUAUUAAAAAUAAGAUGAAUAUGACUUUUAAAAAUCCAGAGUGUGAUCACGAUUUAAAUAUAGAUUCUAAUGAAAUUAUUCAUGCUGGUAUGGGUAUAAGUGGAAAAAGAGAACAUUCUUUAAUGGAUUAUCUUUAUUUAAAUACGAGUACUUUGAUGCUUGAUGUAUAUGUUACUUGUUGCAACACUGAUGAUUCAAGAAAUAUAUGGGAAGAUAAUAAGGAUAGUUUAUUAAUGAUGAUAGAAAAGCUUAAUGAAGGAGUAAAAGGAUUUGUCCUUAAUGAGAAUAAUGAGCCACUUGAAAAUGCUAUUUUAUCAUACAAUAAAUCAAUGCAUCAUGUUAAAAGUGGAAUAAAUGGAGCUUACUGGUUUUUAUUCAAACCUGGUACUCAUAUUAUAAGUGCUAGCGCAUCCGGAUAUAUUCAACAGACUAAAUUGUUUAUAACAUCAGAUGUACAUAGUGUUUCGCAUUUGAUAUUUAAAUUAAAAUAUGAUGACAACUUUCUUGGGAUGCCUAGAAUUGUUUUUAUAGUUCUUAUAACCACUGUAUGUUUGGGAAUUAUUGCUUGUUCUAUUUUUAUUUGUGCCAACUGUAAAUCUUCCAAAAAUUUAAAAAGAAAUAAUUGGAAUGGAUAUGCGUUUAGUCUAUUAAAAGAUGGAACAAGCUUUUUUGAUGAUGAUGAAAAAGAAAUUGAAAUAUUUAGAAGACCAUUGAAUGGACAUAUGCAACCAAACGAAGUUACAAAACCAUAUUUUGAUGACGAUAAUAUUUCAAGUUCUGAGGAUGCUAGUGACUUAGAAUUUAUCAGGCCAGGUAAAGAAUGGGAAGAAGAGACAAAUAAAGAACAUAGAUAAUACAAUAUUAAUUUUUAAAUGAGAUGUUUUGUUAUUACAUUUAAAUUAUAUAUGAAAGUAUAAAAACUGAACAAACAAUUACUAACAUAGAAGAAAAGAAUAACAAUCUUAAAAUGGCAGCAUGUACUUUGUUUAACUUAAAUGUUGAAUUAAUUAUAUUUACUAAAUGAUAAAAUGAUUUUUUCAAAGAUCAAGAUAAAAAAUAAUAAAAACAAUAAAAAUCAUUUUAUGUAAAAAAA